CCCGCUGCCACUGUGUGCGGAUAGAAAAGCGGCGCAGCUCCGAACAUUACUCCGCUGUUUACAGUCUGCGGCCGCCCGCUUCGACAUGAAACUCUCCCCGAUUGACGUCACCGAGCCAUCUUUGUCCAGCUAAUCCAGGCGCCUGUUUAUUCCUCCUCCAUCACAGCGCCGGGCUCCGCUCAGUAGAAGUAGGAGGAAGAGAGAUCCGAUAAAAAAAAUAAAAUUAAAAAGAGAGAGGUAUUUUUUUAAAUAGCGAAUAAGGGACGCGUCUCAGUGGGAGAUAGAAGCCAGUGCUCCUCCUCGGCUAUAUAGGCAGGGAAACGCCACAAUAACCAAGCGAAGGGUGCCAGAGGGUUGAGAGGAGCGCAGAUCCAAAUCCAUCUGUCACCCACUCGGUCCCAGCUCACGCGUCCUGUCCGGAUACCAGCACCACAACCUCCAGGAACAUGUCUGCCCCAGCCGCUGGAGCCCCUGCAGAGGGAGGGAGUCAGGGCCCUCCCAACCUCACCAGCAACCGCCGUCUCCAGCAGACACAGGCACAAGUGGAUGAGGUGGUGGAUAUCAUGCGUGUAAACGUGGACAAGGUUCUGGAGCGUGAUCAGAAGCUGUCAGAACUGGACGACAGGGCCGAUGCCCUGCAGGCUGGAGCGUCUCAGUUUGAGACUAGCGCUGCAAAACUGAAGAAUAAAUACUGGUGGAAGAAUGCCAAGAUGAUGAUUAUCCUGGGUGUGAUAUGCGUGAUUGUCCUCAUCGUCAUUAUUGUGUACUUCAGCACCUAAGAAGAGUCGGUCCUACCCCAGUCUGAUCCCAACUUCCUUGCUUCAAAAAAAAAGAGAAAACCCUCAAAUUGAUGAAAAAUCUAACCACAGAUAAUUAAUUUACUAUAUAUAUAUGUAUCUCUCCCCGAUUAGCCUCGAUAUAACACCCCUAAACCCUUCAGGGCCCCAUGGCUCCCCCACGUCCACCAUCUCCCCCUCUGGCCCCCUGUCAAUAUUUGUCCUUGUGAGUGUGUGGCCCUGUCUCCUUUCUGGGUCCUCUUGGCUUUUCUAACCUGCCAUACCGAGAACCAAACACUUGUGACGAUGCAACAGAAAAGGAAACAACGAUUGGCGAUAAUUGUUACAUAACUGAUAUAUAUAGUUCUUUGUAGAGUUUUAUUCUGAUAUAUACUGUUUUGUAGGUGUGUGUGCGUAUGUGUGUGUGCAUUUUGUAUUUUUUAAUUUUUUGUAUUAAUUUUAUGUAUGCUUCAGCGUUAACUACUGCCUAUUAAUCAAAGUGUGCAUCUUGCAUGUUCUCAUCAUCUGUCUUUCACCCGGCUUCUUCUUCUCUUUCUCUCUUUGGUGUAUUUUUGCACAGUGGAGUAAGUCUCCUUUUAAUGAAAUACAAACAUUCAUUUUCACAUUCAUCUGUGUUAGGCAUGUCCACGAAGACAGUUCAAAAUGAGCCAGAGGACUAAAAACUAUGAAGUUACAGAAAUGUGAGCUCCAAAACUGCCCUUAAAAGCUUCAGCUUAAAAGCUGCAGAUUUCUGUAACUUGAUGCCUUUGGAAAUCCAAGUCUUAGCUUCUUUUGUGGCUUAUAUCAGAGAGUUAAUGCUCAAUGAUAUUGAUCAACCACAGAAAUAAUGCAUGAAUCGUUAAACCUAAUCCCCACUAAUCAUAAUUCCUGGUUCUUUCAUUCUUUUCAUUUCUUUUUACACUUUUCUUUAGCAACAUCUGUAAUAACUUUCAUCACAAGUCACAGCCGCAGCUCUUCUGUCUCCCAGCAUGCUUGAACACCUCGAUUUCCUCUAAUAAUUUCAAAACUGCCAUAGUACAGAUGGACCAAUGUCUGUAGAUGUUUGUUUUUUAUUUCAAUAUUACGUAGUGUCUUAUUUCGAAAACAUUCCUUCAUUGCAGUCUAGUGCAAAUGCUCUUACUGUAGCACAUGUAAGUGUAAGUAUCUUAAAAAAAAUACAUGCGAUGAAACUUGUGUCGAAAACGUUGGUCAUACAAACCAUAGGAGAAAAAAAUGUUAUAGUUAAUAGCUGUAAGGGUUAGUUAUGGAUAGACAGGAUUAGACUUUCAGUCUGUCCAAAUGAUUAUUGUUUUUUUCUAAUAUCGGUGAUGUUAUCUUAACAUUGCACUUGCAGUAUACUGUGGAGAUGUCAUUCAUGUCAGAAGGUGGAUAUGUGCUUACAAAACUAUUCUAAUGCCAGGGGAUAAAAUGGGGCCAUUGCAUAAAUUGACAUAAGUUGAUUAAGUUUCAUAAAACACAGGUUAAUUCUCACUGGCCUAUGUCGACACUGAAAAGCCUUAGACUCCAGUCACUUCUGUUAGUUACUGUGGAAUAUUCCCGGUCAGACACACCCUCACACUUUCAGUUUGUGUUAGGGAGUGGCUGACGGCAGAAAAAAAAAGGAAUCUGAUUAAAAUGCACAAAUGCAACCUUGUUUUUGAUGGCGCUGUCUGGCUGGUCAAUAGCCUGGCCAAAGCAGAUCCUCCUGCAGCAAAACCUUAAAGAGCACAUUUAAAAACAAACAAAAGAGAGACACAGCCUUAUUUGCAAAUCCAGGGACAGAGGCUAAAUGAGGAAAAAAAGUCAAAUUAUCAGUUGAGUUUGAGUUUCAGCGGUUUGCUAACUUUGGGGUAAGUUAGUGCCCGGAAACGUGAGAAGCAAUUCUUUAGAAAAGUAGCAUUCCUAAGAAGAGUGUUUUGCUAGUGCAGCGGUUCUGUCUCAGUGUUUCUCCCUCUAGUUAAGGCCUUUUUCUUUUUUAAAUACAAUAGAUUAUAUUU